GGCCCUGCCGCGUCAGGCGGCCCCACCUCGCAGGCUCCGCCCCGGGAGCGCCGCCGGGCUGGGCUGGCUGGUUCCACAAGUUUGACAGUUUGGGCGAAGGUGGCAGUGGAGCCGUCUCUGCCGGGACUUUUCUGGGGCGGCGGCCGGGCGGAGAGCGGGGCUCCGAGUGAGGGGCAGCGGAGCAGCUCCCCGAGGAGAAAGUUUUUUCCCGCCGGCCCCCUCGGCCUCUCUGCCGGAUUCUCCGGAGCCGCCGCCGCCGCCGCCCCCUUCUCUCCUGCCUGAGGCGCUGCCGCCGUGUCCGGGGCCACGAUGUCUCGGGAUCCCGAAGAGGUGAACAAGCUGACAGAGAGCACCUACAAGAAUGUUAUGGAACAGUUCAAUCCUGGGCUACGGAAUGUAAUAAACCUGGGGAAAAAUUAUGAAAAAGCUGUUAAUGCUAUGAUACUGGCUGGAAGAGCAUAUUAUGAUGGUGUUGCAAAGAUUGGAGAAAUAGCAACUGCAUCUCCAGUUUCUAAAGAAUUGGGACAUGUCCUUAUAGAUAUUUCAAGUACAAACAAGAUACUUAAUGACAGCCUCGAGGAAAGUUUCAAAAAAUUUCAUAAAGAGAUUAUAUCUGAACUGGAGAAGAAAACGGAACUGGAUGUAAAAUAUAUGAAUGCAACUUUAAAGCGAUACCAAACAGAACACAGAAGCAAGUUAGAUUCAUUGGAAAAAUCUCAGGCUGAGCUGAAAAAAAUCAAAAGGAAAAGUCAAGGUGGAAGAAACGCAAUGAAAUAUGAGAAUAAAGAAUUUGAGUAUUUGGAAACUGUGAGUUCUCGACAGAGUGAUAUUCAAAGAUUUAUUGCUGAAGGUUGCAGAGAAGCUCUACUUGAAGAAAAAAGAAGAUUCUGUUUUCUGGUUGACAAGCACUGCAGUUUAACUCAGCACAUGCACUUCUAUCAUAAACAGUGUGCAGAUUUACUUAACUCCAAGUUGCCUGGAUGGCAGGAAAUGUGUAGUGAUGCCACAAAAGUGCCAGAAAAAGUUAUGAAUAUGAUAGAAGAUAUGAAGACGCCUGGUUCCACUCCAAUCUCAGGAACUCCACAACCUUCACCAGUGACAGAGAGAAAUAGUAUGGUUGGAAGAGUGCCCCCUGCUCCUACAGUUAGAGCAUUUACUAGUCCUUUAGUUGACAUGUUUAACAAUCCACAAGGAGUUCCAAAGGUGCCUUCGGAAAGAUUAAAUAAUUCAGCAGGUAAUUCAGAUGAUGCCAGUUUAUCACGUUCAACUUCUGUUGCCACAGGACUGAACAUAAUGAAAAGGCAGAAAGUAAAAACUAUCUUUCCUCAUACGGCUGGAACUAACAAGACAUUACUUAGCUUUGCACAGGGAGAUGUCAUCACACUUCUUAUAGCCGAAGAAAAGGAUGGCUGGCUUUAUGGGGAACAUGACAUGACUAAAGUAAAAGGAUGGUUUCCAUCAUCAUACACAAAGCUACUGGAAGAGCCAAGUGAUGAAACAGUACAUGUUCCAGUGCAAAGCGCUGCACCAAUCAGAAGUAUCAGUUCUAUAAAUCUAGCAGAUAAAGGUGGUGUUGUCCUCCCCCCACCAGAUUAUCUGGGAACUUUGCAAACAGGCACAACUUCAGAUAUGAGAGUAGAUUCUUCCAAAGGUACUACUGUUAAAGCACCUGUGACCAGACCAGAAAGCACAACUCCUAAACCUGUUAUAAAUGGCAUUAUAAAACCACCUUUCCUAAGCGGAGAAAAUCCUUUUACCACUGUGAAACUCCGACCAACAGUAACAAAUGACAGAUCAGCACCAAUAAUUCGAUGAAUAUAAUAUUCAUGAAAAUAUUUUUACUCCCUGUAAACACUAUGUUCAGCAAUAUGAUUUACAAAGGCUGUUUAUUUAAAUGUAAUUAGUGUACAGUAGGAGAAUAUUGGAGUGGAUUUCUGAUUUUAACAAUCCAUCUGCUUUCUAAAUGAGGUAAUUGCUCUGGGUUAAAAUGUUUGAGAAUUUUGGCUUGAUUUUACACUACAUGCCUUUUUUAGGAAGAAAGACAGUUGUGAAAGUAUGGGGGAAGUUUGAAUACUGUAGUUACCUGCAUACUUAAUAUUUUAUCAAAAUGCUGUCUAUCUGUUGUAUGGAAAAUACCAUGGAUAAGUUUGUGCUUAAGUCUGCAUAUAUUGUUUAGUAGAUAUAUAAAAGAAAAAAAACUGAAUUUUUUUAAUAAAAGGAACAAUGCAACUGUUGCCUUAAUACUAAGAGUAGAAGUUUGACUGUAUAAAAUGAUUAUGUAUUGCAUUGUUUUGUUUAAGAUAGAUGUCUUAGGUUAUAAAUAAAUAUUUAUCCUCUAAGAGCUUAGACAAAUGUAGUAUGCUUUGCUUGAUGUUAAAAUGCAAAUUAUUUGAUCUGAAGUGUCAGCAUAAAGCUACUAAAAUUAUACAAAGUCUGACUUUUAGUUCAGUAAUGUUUUACUCUGAAAAAGGAGUAUCACUGUUCUAAUGAAAUAACUAUUUAAAGUGGGGUGGGGGGGGAGACACCCAUUUGCAAUACAGUACUAUCCUUAAGAGGACCAUGUCUACUGAAAUUUGUCAAAAACUUGUUUUAUAAAAAAAAAAUUAAACAAUGUUGCCACAAUUUUUCUUCAAA